CUCAGCCUUCCUCCUCCGAAGCUCUAUCUCCUCCAAAGCAUUGAGUUAGUGUGGUUGCCUCGCCAUGGAUCCUCUAAGUCUCACCGCCAGCAUCAUUGCGGUUGUGCAAGCCGCAGCGAGUGUCGAGCAUGGCCUUGCGAAACUACUCGCCGUGCGAGGUGCAAACGAUCACCUCUUGCAGACGAUCAACGAGGUAUCCGACCUUCGUGCCAUUCUGCACGACAUUCAUGCGACAAUCAAGUCUCGAGAUGAGUGCACGAUGGGAGAAUCAAAGGCCCUGGAGACGUUGCCCGCGCUUUGCACAGAGAUCCAAAGAUCGAUACAAGAGCUUGAUACUCUUGUCGCCGGCUGCAUAAUAUACGAACCACGCGAUGGCGAGACACCGUGGAAAGUGAAACGCAUCGCAUGGUUAAAAGCCAAUGAGAAGAUGAAGGCCAUCCAGAAUGAGCUGCGAGAGAGUCGGCUCAAGUUAUCGACCGCCAUCGCGUCCAUGCUUUCACUGGACCUGCUUCAUGUUCGAUUGACGCUGCGUGAAAUCUCGGCUGUUUCGAGCAGUAAAAGCGGGAGUAGCGAUCACUCCGAGGCUUUGAUUAAGAUAUCGAAGAGGUUCGAUGGAUUGACGCAGAUACCUGACCAGAUCAGCGAGAUCUUGUCCAUCCUAAAGCCGGUAUCAUCUGCAGAGAGUUCAAGCAUGCUCAUUCCAGUCACCUCUCCCGGCUACGGGGAGAAAGACAGAUUGGUUACUCGCCAUGUUUCCAGCGCAGUUCAACCCGGUAGUCGACUCACUGUGGAUCGGGGUAUCAUUCGCUUGAAAUUUGGCGAGCAUCCUCACCGGGCUCGUGGAUGUGCAUGCACCUGUCACGGAACAUCCACUGUUGCGUCCUCCCCCUGGAUCGAAGGUGUCGUGGGCCGUCUUUUCAUCGGGUAUAACGGGCAGAUUGCGUCUUUACGACCCUGCAUGGAAUGCCCAUGUGUCAGGAACAGGAACACCAAGAUCUCCUUCACAUACUACUUCCCCAGCUGGCUACUCUCACGCUCCCUGGAAGCUGUCCUAAAUGUUACCCGGCUAGGAGGCCCCCAGUUCGCACUCCGUGCGUACCGCUCAAUGCCGGAUGAAACACUCCUGUUCCACCUGGCUCGACAGGGUAAUAUACCGGAAAUCCAGACACUGUUUCGCGAUGGACUUGCAUCCCCGUUUGAUAUUAGCGCCAAAACCGGUCGGUCCGCUUUGCAUUUCGCCGUGGAUUUCGGACAGGAAGAGACAUGCCAUUUUCUUCUGCGACAGGGCGCAGAUCCUCACUACGAGGAUAAGUAUUUCAUGUCUCGUCCCAAAUUCCCCCAUUGGUUUUAAUCUAAGCCGACUGACCGACCGGGUUUUAGGUCACCUUUUGACAUAGCGUGGGAAAAGAAGUCCGAAGGACGACCGUCUGCACCCACCACGGCAUUUGGCCUUGCAGACAACUCAUACGAUAUGGAUCUGU